AUUUCUGUGAAUGAACAUCAUAAAAAUGUCAUUGAAAGUUAUAUAGAAUUUAUGCGUCACCAAAAAAAACAGUCUUUUAUAGUAGUUAAAAAAACAUUUGAAGACAUUUUUAAAACUGAGUAUUGAUAACAUAAUGAUGAUUGUAUAAAUUAUUAUUAUUAAGUAAAAAUUAUUUUUAAAGUUUAUUAGAUGAAACAUACACAAAAGAAGAAGUGAUAAAUAUCUUAAACAAUUUGGAAAGAGUACUAACAAAUGAAAUGAAAUGUGAAUUAUCUGCAUUUACAAAUACUAAUCUUUUAAUGAUGUAUCAGUUUUUUCAACAAGCUGAAAAGUGGCACUUAAGACUCAAUGCAGAUAUAUCAGAAAUGCAAAACAAGUACCUAUAAUAUUUCUAUUUUUAUUAUUUAUUAGUGGGGAUAAACUUUUCAAUUUACAGAGAAAUGUUACAAGAGAUGGAAAAAAUUGAAUCAAGUUAUGAUAUAAUGAGCCGAACAUUAGAAAGAAAAAAACUUUUACCGAUCACUGAUCAUAUUACAAAUGAUUUUGCAGAAAUGUUGCAUAAGAGAUUAGAGCAGCUAGAAAGUCACAAUUCUAAAUUGGAAAAGGAUUUGAAAUAUUUAGAAAAUAAUGUAAACAAUAUUUUACAAGUAUAGACUAUAAACCUAAUUGAAAAUGUUUGAAUUGAUGAAUAUUUUUUAGUGUAAUGAAUUGAAUAAAGAAAAACAAGCAUUAAAAUUACUCAUUGAAGAAAAUGACAAAAAAAUAAAUUCUCAUAAAAAUUUAAUUGAAACUGAAGUGCAAACUCAAAAUAUUUUUCAGGUACUUACCGAUCUUAAUUAAAAAUGCAUAAAUUACAGAAUGUUUUGUGUAAAAUGUAUGUAUACACUUAGGAAAAACCAAAUGAUCAUACAGAAUGCCAAAUAACUGCAAAUAAAUUAGAAAAUGAAUUAACAAUUGCACAAUCGCAGAUAACACUAGCUAAUUUGGUAAGUAGAUAAAAAAAUGAUUGAUAUUAGUUUACAAAAUAAAAUUGGGUGAAAUCAGUACCAUAGCCAUGAUAGGCACGUGUCCUCCAAAUCUUUAUUUCCAUAAUGCUGUACUGCAGUUUACAUAAAUUUGUUAUAUAAAUAAAGUGUAUUAUCAGUAGCAAUAUUAUAAGUAUUAUUAUAAAAUGUAUUGUUUUAUAUUAUGUAUAAAAUAUAAACCACUAUUUGCUGAAAGGAAGUAUUUAGGAAAGGGGUUUAAUUUUUGACGAAAUUGCGUUGUUACUGGAUUUGAAUUUAUCUACCUUGAACACAUAUUAUGUGUAAAAAUGGGACUAGUCCAUACCAACGGCUAAAUAUCUUAAAUAAAUUAUUGUGACCACUUUUUUUUGUAUAGUCACUCUAUGGGUUUUUAUUCAGAACCUGCUAACAGUUUUUCAUCACAUUAUUUAUUGAUGUGAUUUUGAGUCAAUCUAAUUCUGAGUUUGUGUUGUAAAAAAAUAUUUAGCAAAUCGAACUACCCAAAAAGCAGUUGUACACCCAAAAGAUACCCAUAAUGAAUUCGAAAAUGAAUCAUUUGAAACGUCUAAAGCUUUAUAUUCCAAAGGAUUCUAUUUUCAGAUUUGGGAAACAAAAUAUGAGUAACCAACUUCAAUAAUAAACUUUAAUAUUAAAUAAUUACAUUUCUAAUUUGCUUAAAAAAAAUAUAAGAUUUUUCAUUACAAAAAAAAGCAUAUUUUUAUUAAUGUAUGUUUUAAAUGUAGUUAAAAUAGUUAAGUGCAGAAAAGGAACAUGUCUAACAAUUUCAAAUGACUACAAAUGUUAAUUUUUAGAAACUAUCGAGAUGAUUAAUUUUUAAAAAGGUUCAAAAUAACAUGAUUUAUUCAUUUUCAUGCCUGGCUCCUUCUCAGUCUUGCCUAGACUGUAUUUGUACUUUCUGUAAAAUUUGGUUUUAGGGAGAUGUCCCCUUUCUGAAAUUAGUGAUUCAUAAAUUCUCUUACAAGGCUAUACUCCAUUUUAACUUUAUGUUGUAAAAUACAGGGGUUAUAAAUAAUAAAUGUUAAAGAAUUAAGGAAGUUUCAACAUAACAGGUAAUAAGUAGUGUAGCUUAACAAAAGUUAAAGAAAAAAGUUAAGUGCCUCUCCUACACAAAAAGUUUUUCUGGCUAUAAUACUGAGUGAAAUAUUUGAGUAAAUACAUAUUUCAAAAUAUCUUUACAAUUUUAUUUUUGCAAAUUCUUUUAUGAGAAAAUAGAAAGGUCUUUAUGUUUUAGACUUAAUUACCGUACGUAAGUCUAAAACCUUUCCUUGUGAAUUGAAAACUUUUAAUGACAAUUUUGUUUUGUGAUUUAGUAGGUAGGUGAUAAUAAUAUGUGAAGUACAAAAUCUUAAGAAUAACAAAUUCUGUGCGAUUUUAAAAUUGAUUAAAUGAAUUUGAUUAGAAAAUGUUUUAAAAUGUAUAGUUUUAUUUAUGUAUUAGUAUUUAAAUAAUAUUUAUAUAAACAAAGCACACCAAUUAUAAAUAAUCAAAAAAUUUGUUUAAGGAGUUGGAAAGAAAAUUUAAUGAUACUGCAGCAUAUAUUAACAUGAAAAAUAUAAUAACAAAAAAAAAUGAACAAGUUCGUGAACUGAGAGAUCGGUUGUUAGUUUACGAAAAAGAAGACAAUGAAGACAAUAUUUUACCUAGUUAAUUAAGUUUCAAAUAAAAUUUCAAAUUGUAUAGUAUUAUAAUAGCUGUUGACAAUUAGGUCAAGCCAGGUUAAAGGUUACUGGCUCAAAAGGAAAAAUUAAUUUAUAUACUUCCUAAUAUUAUGGACCUGUACAUUAGUAUUAUGUUUAUGAUUUGUAGAAGCUUAAUUUAAGUAGGUAUUUAAAAUAACAUAGCUAUGGGAUUCACAUUUUCAUUUUAGUAACAGCUAAAUAAAUUACUUAAUUUUCUAAAUCAUUUACCAUUUAAGUACAAUAACAAAAUUUUUAAAUAUGAAUCAUAAAAAUAAAAAAUUACUAAUUCUGUUAGUAAAAAUUAAAAAAGAAUAUAAUUUAAUGCAAAUGUAAACUAUAAACCUAUCAGUUAUGAUAGGUCUAUGAUUUUAACAGCAUUAAUACCAUCAGUAUCUAACCUAUCUUAGACCAUAUGUUCUAAGAUACAUACUAUAGUUAAAGGCUUUACCAAUAAAGCAGAAACUUGGCAUGUUCUUUCUAGUAUAAUUUAUAUAAUAUUUAG